AUGCAUUUCUGUACACGUAUCGUCGGUAAUGCUCUUCAUAAAGAUAUUGUAUUAUCACCUAGAAAAGGAAGAACACAUCAAGAUGACCAACGAUUACAUAAUAUUUUCUAUCGUAAAUCAAAACUUGAAAGUGUUAAUGAAACAUCUGCAUUACUUAGUGGAUUUGCAAUUGUAGCUAUUGUUGAAUUAUCACUUGAUGCAUAUACAAGUCGUAGUACAAGUGAUGGUCUUCUUAUAUGCUAUGUAAUUGUGUCAUGUUUGCUUGUUGGUGUUCAUUUACUUGCUUUACUUAUGUCAAUGUGUAUGUUACCUGAAAUAAAAAGUGUCAUACGUCAAAGUGAUGUUUGGCUCAAUAAUGAAAAUAGUCAACCAUUGUCAUCAUUAGAUAUAUAUAUUGAAAUAGCAUGGGUUAUUUCUACUGGUUUCGGUCUAUUUUUAUUUAUACUGGAACUUGGUCUGAUUCUAUGGAUAAAAGUGAGUGGUUAUUCAUUUACAGCAGCUAUUUCAGCAAUUGUAACGCUGUGUAUUGUUGGUUGUCCAUUUAUUUUAUUUUCAAUUGGUUUCUAUAUUCGUAUUGCAAGAACAAAAAUUCAUUUACAUCAAACAGAUUUAGAAAUUAUCGAACGAGGUGCGAUUGCUCGCGGUCUUUUUCGUCAUCAGUCCUUACCAAUGACGGCGAUGACAAAUGUUGAAGAUAUACGUUAA